AUGAUAAGUGAGUCGUCUUCACCAGACGCAGUUCCAUUUCUCGAGCAGAAUAUACCGCCAGAAACCGAGCCGAGAGGUGCUAAAAUGGUUAACAUGGAUAACAAUGAGGUAGCUUACGUCUAUGACGGGGACGAAAGCGGAACCGUUCUUGUGGAUAGACCUCCGUAUGGAUUUGAAGACAUCGACGGGAAUAGUAUUUAUAUCGAACGGGCAUCACCAUCUAACUCAAAAUCCAGUACCGAUGUCCGGGCGCGGCAAGUAAAACAGCGGCAUAUCGAUGUCGUCGUGAACAAAGUUGCUCGUCAAAGUAAUGAACGUUCACGUCGGGCAUUAACCGUCUACGAAUGUGAAGAAUGUGGCAAAUUUGUUCGGUAUCCCUCUAAAAUAAGGGAACAUCGUCGAUCUCAUGCUGGAGUGAAACCCUACGAGUGUCAUCGUUGCGGGCGGCGAUUUGCACAAAAAGGUGGCCUCACAUGCCACAUGCGAUUACACACAGGCGAACGUCCCUAUAUUUGUACAUGGGAUUGUGGCAAAUCUUUCCAUUCAAACUCGGCCUUGAAGAUGCACGAAAGAUCUCAUAAUGGCGAACGACCAUUUUCAUGUGAAUUUUGCGGGAAAUUAUUUUCGAAGCGAUCGCAUUGUCGACGACAUGAAUUGUCUAUACAUUCGAGAGAAAUUGCUCUUCGCGCCGCUCAACAGUUUGGUCUCGCUGCAGCAGGAGCGGAUGAAGAUUGCCUCAGGGAGGUGGAUUGUGAUUCGUGUGAAAUAGCUCGAUGA